GUCACUGUCCGGUGACUAGAUGACUCCAGAGGCUGGUUUUUGUUGUGGCUCUGACGUCAGUGCGAGCUACAACGAGGUUGGCAUCAUGAGUAUAAAAGCCAACGGUUUGAAGGCUCGCGCUCCAAGCUCCAUCUCUGUACCAAGUUAACGUCAAACCACAGCGCGAGGGAGGGCUCACGGGACCAAGAAGAUGCAUUUUCCCAGCUUCACUCCCAUCCUGCUAAUACAGCUGAUCCACAUCACUGCGCUGCACGGUAAGAUAAGAGGGGUUAAAAAGUAUGCUGUCAAGUUUUUGGAUCUGAAAAAAGAGGGAAAUAUUUUCUCAAAUAAAAAAACAAACAAAAACUUUUAGCACUUUAUUUAGAGUAUCAGGUGUCCCUAUCCACCUGUGGGCAUCAUUUCUGAUGUAUAAAGUGAGAAAAAGGCUGCAUAUGGUCAUGUUUAUAGAGUGUUUUUAUUUAUUCUUUAUUUAGUGUAAAUAUGAAGUAUUGUCACAGUAUUUGUAAAGUGUGUACUGUGUUUCAUUGGUCUAUCUAUCUAUCUAUCUAUCUAUCUAUCUAUCUAUCUCUGAGAUUGAUGGUAUAUGUCUAUUAUGUGUGCUAUUAGAUAAUGAUGCUUCCUCACUUAAUGUUUAGGCUAUUAUUGUAUGUUAUAGCCUACAUCUUGUCUAACUAUAAAAAAAUAUAUAUUUCCAAUAGUGAAAAAUAUUUUUUCUGUCCACUUUAGGUGCCAAAUGGACAUAUUCUGGUAAGUCCGAUCAUAUUUUUUCUCACAUUUUUUAACUGUGGACUUAAAGUUUUGGGUUUAUGAUGUGAUUUAUCCUGUGAUUUCCCAUGUCUUGAUAACUCACAGUGGUUUUCUUCCCUCAAACUGGCAUUACAUGAAGUAGUAAUUGAAUUUGAUGCAACUUUCUGACAGACAGUAAGGAUACUUAAUAAUGGCAGUGCCAGAAAUUAAGCUCUAACUAAUUUGGAAUAAAGAGAGAAAGACUCUGCAACCCUUCUGUGACCUCCAAACGCAACUAGUUCUGACAUCCCCCUGUCACCUCUUGUAAGUGAAGAGUUCAUUACAGACUCAGCAAUCUCAGCAUUUCAUGAGCUGACAAGGCUGAGUGCUUCUGUCUCCCGCCUUAAGGAGUCUGGGCUCAGACUUCUUUAGCCGUGACUAUCUCUUACAUAAACUGUGCUCAGAGCGUGACCUCUUGCCUUUGUGCUACGGCUUCAUGCUGGGUCUGUUGCAUUUGAGGACUCUAGAUGUUCAGAUGAGUGAAUUUCAUUUUAUUUUCCAAUAACUUUUUUGACAAAUAUUUUUCUUGUUCAAGUUCUUUCAAAAUCAAAGCACUUUUCUUUCAGAGUAAAUUACACUGUGAUAAGUCAGGUGAAAUGAUUUUGACCUCUGAGAUGAGUUCAUCAAUCAGUUUAUGGCUUUUACUUGGAAUAUGUGGAUAAACAAAGCCCUUUUGGACAUCUGUUGCAAUGGUGUGUAAAUUUUGAUUCUAAGGAAACAAUUCCAAAAAUACAUAACAAAACAAAAGCGUAUAAUUUAUUUGACAAUAAAAUGAAUACCUCCAUAAUUUGGAGAAUAAAUACAGAUUUAAAAUAACGUUCAAGCUGCACUGCGAUUGCAUGUAUUUUGUGUGCAUUUUAGGGCUUUAGACAAUAGAUGGAGUGAUAUAGAGUUCAGUUUUGAUAUUGAAAAAGUGGAAAGGAGUUAGUUGGAGUUGGAUUGGAGGACUUGUGAUAACCUUUGAGUUAAGAUGUUAUGCAUAUACAAAAAACAAACAAAAAUAAAAACUUUGGCUUGAGCUUAGUCGAUUUCGUCCUCAGUUACAGUCAAACCCUCAGGAGGACUUGUCAUGGUAGUCAGUGGUGUGGACCGCUGGUAGCGCUCGCUGUUGACGGGGGCACAGCUGAGUCAUGCAAUUUAACUCCACCUCAACACUCCACCCUCACAGAGGACACAACAGACAAUCUUAACAUGGGCUACAAAGUCAUGAUCUGGAUAUCAGAUGUUGCUGUUUCUUGCCUGGAAUCAUUUUUCACUGAUGACCAAUAAUGUAUUGUUGAAAAAAAUUGUUCAAAUUAUUUCAAAGAAUUUGCAGCAAUCGUGUGUUUUCUACCGAGAACUGCCAACAGACCGCCAACUGGACCACUGAAGGCCAUUAUUAAAGGGCAGACAUGGGUCUAAUUAAAACAGCAAAUGAAGUGGACACUGAGUAAUAAUACCCACAGGAGUAUCUUUCUUUGUCAUUAUAAGGAGGGUUUGCCUGGAAUGAACUUUGAGUUUUGCUCCAAACAAGUAUUUAGUGACUCCACAGCCCCACAUGCCUUUUGGCCACGUCUUGUGCAAUCAAUCCACAAUUGUCUGGAUUCGACACUCAGGGUGGGGUGAGGCCCUCAUGCUGCAUCAUUCAUAUUUAACCAUGGUCAUCUGGCAAAUGGUGAAUAGUGAAUUUUGGUAUGAAUUAUGGACUGAUAUUGAGUCAGUGGCAAGUAAGCAGAAGUAAUAAGAACACUGUGCCAUCAAAGUCUAUCAUUGGGCUUUUUCUUCCCCGACAGUUACAACUUCACAUUCGAUGACCUCCAUUCACUUUCUAAUAGUGUUUGAAAAGCUCAGUAUGGAUCCGAACACAUGAGUCAACACACUGAAUAAAACCAAAAGUCCCCUCUUGUCUUUUGGUCUGAACUGUAUUAUUUAUUAGACUGGUGUGCUUCACUGCCUCAGCGGAUGCAAAAUUGAGAGACGCCCCCUUGCAGCUGAGGUCUCUUCGUACGCAGCAGGACUUGAUCUGCAAAUGUGGCCAUUUUCAGUGUCCCGUGUUUUAAAAGAAACCUCUCAUUUGGAGAGAGACAGCAUUCUUAUUGGCUCUUCCCUGCAAACAACAGCUGGGUUCUCACUCUCUGUUUUAUGAAAGGGCUAAGAGCAGAGCCAUGGGCCUCUCCCAUGCUGCCCUGUGCAUAGAUAAUAAUACUUCACUUUGAUUACGGAUAAAUACUCGGUAAGCCAAGUCCUCUUUAGAACCAUCUCCUCUCCAACUUGCCACUCGGGCACGCUUUGCUCAUUUGCCCUUUAAGCUGGAACAGCCUAACAUUUAUAAAGACAUGCAACAGAUCCCUUCUGAUGUUCUGGGGUAAAAUGCACUUUUUGGAUGACUGAAUUUUGUGGCUGGGGGGGAAAUAAUAUUCUAGAUAGAUAGAGGUGCAUAAAUCUUAAACAUUUUUUGUGUGCAUUAAUUUAAUCUGAUGCUGUCGUAGGACAAGAUGGACAGCAGUAUUGGUCCAAGCAUUAUCCAUACUGUGGUGGACCGUUCCAGUCUCCAAUAGACAUCGAGUCAGAGCUGCUGAGGUUCGACCCAACAUUAGGCCCAAUUGAGGUUCAAAACUACGACUUGUCACCUGAUGAGCAGCUCACUCUUGGAAAUAAUGGACAUUCUGGUGAGUGUGAAUCAUCAGCAUAAAUAAGGUGCAUGAGCGGGGCAUCACAGGUAACAAAAAUAUACGCCACUUUGUUUCUUUUAGGAUGGAGAAAUCUCAGAUAAGUGCUGUGUCAUUAGAAAUGUUUCCACAUAAACAUGCUGCAUCCUGCUCUUCCUGCACAGACCUAACUUCUGGGUCAACUAAAAGAUAAUGACACAUGGAUCUCUCUACAUCUGCCACAGCAAUUUUCCAUAAUCACUCUCUUAUUAUCUCAGCUGUCCUUUCACCCAAAGAAAAGAGCUCCAUGUUUAGUCGAGGAAAAUAUGAACAGAGAGAUUACUCAUCUUCUCUGCCACAACUGAGUCUGAUGCAAUUUAACAAAAGAAACCGGCCGAGCUUUCAUGUACCAAAUCUGUUUAUGACACAGUCUCAAAUUUUACUGCUAAAUACAGCAGUCGUUCAGACAGCUAACACUUUGUCACACAGAUGAAUGUGAGUAUUCCUCGUUGUUUGUUGAAUAAUCCUAUUCUGUCUGAGAAAUACAAACAUGUGCUGUAAGAAAAGUGUGACUAAACACUACUUUGCAGGACUGAUGUCAUCUGUUUGUUAACUUAAGCACGGUGCAGAAAUUGCUAGUAUAAGUUUGAGAAACUCUGCAGCCAAACACGCAUGUAAUGUCUGCUCUGUGUUGUCGACGAUCCACUUUUACUGUUAUAUGAAUGUAAGGAAACUGUUAACCACAACCAGAGAGCCCGAGACCAGACAAAUGCUUAUGCGUGCAUGCCUGACGGGUCCCAACGCCACAAGCUGAGUGGCAUCAUCAGUGUGACGUGUGUCUGGAAUAAGCUGACAGAGGCUUUUUCCACUUGCAAACAUUCGUCAUAGACUGAAGGACAUGUGGAAGGCGCCCUGCGUCACCCACCCGUAAUGUAUCUUAAACAUAGCUGCACAGCCUCUGCAAAAAGAUGUUGACAGCACAGAGUGAGCUCCACUGCCCGCCUCAGUUUAGAUCAACUUAAAGAUGAUGUUUGUUGAUCUCAGUUAUGUUGACUCAAGUAACCCCUUCCCUGCUCUGUCUCCUGUGGUGGGGUGUCACGCCUCCUGAUCCACAGUGCAACUAUCCCUGCCUGGUAAGAUGUAUAUUUCCAGCCUGCCUCGCCGUUACACCGCAGCUCAACUCCAUCUGCACUGGGGCUCCUCCAGCAAACCUGCAGGCUCUGAGCACUUGGUGAACAGUAGGCAGUACGCAGCAGAGGUAAACAAAACAAACAAAGAAAUGAUUUCAAGACACUUUUUAAAAAGAGAAAUUUAACAUUUUGUUUAUCUUGACUGUUAAAUAUUUCUCCAAUUAUUCCACUUGCAAGAAUUUAAGCCGACCGCUUGCUUCUCAAGUUAUACCAACUUUAGAAACGACCGCACUAUAGCAACACAGAGAGCCACGUGCUCAACCAAAAAGCCACUCUAUAGCGACAAAUAAUGCUCAGAACAGCACCUAACUUCAUCAACAGUACAUACAGGGUCCCAGCCAUAGUACUAGCCACCAAACAUCUUUUUAACUUUGAUUAAUUUCUUUAGCAAAGAGACAACUCACCUACUCUCUUCCAGCAGCUGCUUGUUUGCAGCGAGACCUCGGGCCAGUCCAUUACGGACUGCUGCGGGGUGACGCAGCUCAAGGAAGAACAUUUAUGAUCAUUACUUAAUCAUUUCCUUGAAGUCAUAAUCACCAUAUUUCGUUUUGCACUGCAGACGUGGUAGUUUUUCUGACUUAGCGUCUCAGUCUGAUUGCAUUUCCAUGAAGAAAUGAUGAAUGUGUAGUCUCUUUGCUAAAGAAAUUAGGCAAAGUUAAAAAGAUGUUUGGUGGCUAGUGCUAUGGCUGGGACCCUAUAUGUACUGUUGAUGAAGUUAGAUGCUGUUCUGAGCAUUAUUUGUGGCUAUAGAGUGGCAUUUUGGUUGAGGUUUGUUUAUGACUCCUCAGACUGCUGUGUAUUGCUAUCUUGCUGUCGUUACUAAAGUUGUUAUAACUAGAGAAGCAAGCGGUCUGUAACAUUCAUCUCUCGACGGGGUGUCUUAACUCUGUGUUACGGUGUGUUUGACCCUAAAUUAAUUUUACACCGGAAUAUCCCUUUAAGUCUUAUCAUGGGUAUAGUGUGAAACACUGUUUAAUUAUCUGUAACUGAGGUUGGCUCAGUUUAUUCUUAAAACUCGAGGUUUCAUUUGUCUGCAGUUCCAGUCAACAUCAUCAGCAGCAGACGAUUUACUUUAUACCUAUUGUGUCAUUUGAGCGUCAGCUUUAGAAACGUUGUUGUGCUUUACAUCGGCACAUAACUGCCACAGCUUCUUGACAGUGUGGUAGAUGUUACGCUGACUCAGCAGUCAGAUGGUUUUUAGAAAACACUCUGUGCAUCUUUCUUUUUAGUUUGUUGUCGACUUAAACACAAUUAAAUGUUUGAAUAAAACACACCCUUAUUCAAGAGGUUUUGACAAUUAAAAACACUGUUAGACUUUAAAAUAUCUAGUUCUGACAUUACACAGAGAGAGGGCAUUUUAGGUCGUGUUUUUUUUUUUCUUUUCUAAGUAGGUCGUCACACCUAUAAACUUAGCAUGUUUUAUCACUUAGGCAUACAUACUGAAAGGGAAAAGCAUACUCUCAGCCUCAGGAUGUACAGAAUGACAGCGUGUCUUCUUUCUGCAGGCUUUUCGGGGAUUAGAGUACCAGACUAUUAUACACUUUGGUUUUCAGAAGGAGUGGCUGUCUGUGCUUUAAUACCCCCAAUUUUCGCACACUAGUUUACUUUAUUUACUUUGUGCUUCAAGUAAAGCAGACGGUGACGUUCAAAAUUCAGCUGUGUCUAUGGCAUAAAGAAGACGAGCAGACUUUUUUGACAUAAUCCAGUUUCAUUUGAAUUACAGUGGGCUGGAGCUGAAAUCGUUACAACCUGUGGGCUUUCGAGUGACCAUGCCCACGCUGCAGCACAGCCACAAAUAAGGGGCUGUGGUUUGACCUGGGUUUCUGAGCGGACACGUUUAGAGCACGCAUCUUUUUAAGUCUCGCCAGACUCCAGAGCCACAGCUCUUUUAUGGCAUGGAGUUUGAAAGGGACGGCAUGAUGGGAAGUUGGACAUUUCCCGGAAAUUGUGCAAAUGUACAUCUAGACUCAAAGCCCAGAAUUCUAGCUGUGAAUAAAAACACAACUGUCAAUUAUUGUUUUAUUUUUCACCACUCACAGCUUCAUGUAGUCCACUUCAACUCAGACAAGUAUCCCAACAUGUCCAUGGCUGUGGACAAGUCUGACGGUCUGGCUGUGCUGGGUGUCCUUAUAGAGGUGAGACAUUAUGGACUCUGUGGAUGAGCUUGUUUGUGUUUGAAUAUCCGAAGAGCAGAAACAUCAGACUGCCUUUGUCAUGCAGGUUGGAGAGUUCAACCCAGCCUUUGAACAGUUUCUGAAGUUCAUUAAUGGUGUCAAAUACAGAGGUGAGUCCAAAAUGCUGAUAUCUAUUUGCAGAGUUUAGUCAAGAGUAUAAGGGGUAAAAUUAUAUCAGCUAUCUCAGAGAUAUGUAGUUGUUUAAGAUGAGGAAAUUCAAGCAUAAAUGUAUGUCUUUUUGGACUUUAACAUGCUUCGUAUCACAGUUUAAACUUCUGUUAUGAUUGAACUUGCAGAUCAGAAAGUGCAGAUUCCUGGGUUCAACAUCAGAGGUCUGCUGCCUCCACGUUUAGAUGAGUAUUAUCGCUAUGACGGGUCACUGACGACUCCCCCGUGCUAUCCAAGUGUCCUGUGGACCCUGUUCAGGAAUCCUGUGACAAUAUCUCGCAAACAGGUGCUCUGUCAGUUUAGUUCUAGUGAGGUUAAAUUGGGCAAGCUACAGUUAGCCUUAAUUGUCUCUCGUUUUGUUGUGUCUUCCUAGUUUGUGGCCCUGGCAACAAGCCUCUACUCCUCCCAUGCCCAGGAUUCGACCCCUUUGCCUCUGAACAGCAACUUCAGGAAACCACAGGCGGUUGACAGUCGAGUGGUGCUGGUAUCUUUUAAGGAGGGUAAGUAUGGUCUUCUUUACUGUACUUUAUUUUUGAAGCAUGAUAGCAAAGGUCAUAUGAAUGGCAGGAUCACUGUGCUGCUUUAUAAGAUGGCAAAAGCAUCACGCUUGAAUGAUGUAUGGGCAUUUUUUUUCUUCUGCAAACCGCUGAGCUGUCACACUUAUACGGCAUCACCUGUUUGUGGUCGACCUUUCAUUUUGAUGUCUUCCUAAAUCACCACUAAAGUUGAUUGAUUUUAACGAGCCUGUUGGAAAGUAGGCCAUCUUUCAAGACACAACAAAUCAACCAUCCCUCUGACAUACUAAAAAACUCUGCAGCCCUUAAAUUUGACUGUAACGGCUGACUUUGGUGCGGUUGACUGGUUUACCACACUGUGUGGUAUUCAGAUCCAUACAGUGUGCUAUGAUUGUGCAUGUUUUCCUCAUUUUCAAGGCUUUCCUUUCCACGCUCUGCUUUUUCGCUGGUGGUGAAUGUGUGUGGACAUGGCGGUGUGGAAUUGUCUGCUCUGGUGAACGGCAUUCAGUAGAAGACGGCUUUGCUUUUAGUUUUCUGUCACUCGCAGCGCUUUUGCAUGCCGGGUGUGAAAGCCCAAAGACAGUCCAAAGGAUCACCCAUGGGCUGGGAUGUUUAACAAGCUGUGAUUGGCUAUGUGUCUGAUGCAGGCAGAGGACUGCACGGUGCUCUUACAGUCACAUCUCCACUCACGAGGAAGCGAAUCGUUCAGCAGUUGCUGGUUGGCGACCUAGCAGACCUGGCGGAUGAAGGGCUCUAUCAGCUUCUACCAAGUGGCCCCGAGCAGCUUCAAGCUAGCAAGUGGAAAAACCUCAAGGACAAGCAAAGUGAGACUCUGGCCAAAUCCAAACAACAAACACAGAAUUCAUCCCUGCGGAAGAAACUCCAGACACACCACUCUGUGGGAAAGUUAGGACUGGCUGAAGACACGCUAAGCUAUGUCUCGCUGGAGCAGAGAGUUUUCCAUCAACUCAGACAGACUCAUACUGAGAACCAGCUGGUCCGGGCUCUCAGAGAAGCAGUCUUCCCUGCGCUCAACUUAAGAAGCUACCUGGCCUGUAGGUCAGACUUAUCUCUCCCCACUAUUAGACGUAUUCUGCGUGGCCGACCAACGGAUGAGGCAUUCGAGUUGGACCGCUCUCUGACCAAAGCCUUGAUGAAUCAGGGGAAGACACCCACAAUAAUCAAGAAAAGUGUGCCAAUGACAAAAUAUGGCAGUCCGUCCCCUGCUGCUCCCAGGAAACCACACAGCCAGGGUUAUCCACAUCCUUGGCUUUUGCCAAUGGAGUGGGAAGACUAGAGAGAUUCCAGCCAUAGUUGAGACUCAGAUUAUGUCACUUUCUAUUGCAGACAUUAGUGGUGACUUCCACAACAAUGGACUCAUUUUCAAACCAUGCCCUGCAUCAUUUGACCAAUAUUACACAUGUUUUUAACUUUAAGUUAUUCUUUCUAUUGAGCGCAUGCAGUUGUGAUAUGAUUUGUGUCAGAAAAGUCUGUUGCAUGAAUUUAUCAGCUUUUGUUUAUACAUAACUCAUCACCACUAUAGAGAUUUUGCUCAUUCUUGUCAACAUAGAAUUUUAGGCGAACCUCAAAGACAGUUGCACUAACAAUCCACAGGAAUGAGAAACCUUUUCACCCGCUGGAUUCUGUCCUAGGAACAUUUUGUCGUUCCAAACAAUACAAAAUUUUUUUUUAAAAAUCCUACAAAGCACAUAUUUCAUGCAGGGAUAACUUUAUGCAUCAUGUUAUCUAUAUAUACUGCACACAAUGUCUGGCAAAGUAUAUUUAUUUUGUUAUGAUGUGCAACUACUUCAGUACAUCCACUGUGGAGAUGUGCUUGUAAUUAUUGUUUUUACAACAUAGAAAUGCAGCUUCACCAAAAGUAUUCUUGAAUACUUCAGUGCCUUACUUCAUGUGUUUCUUUUGCAAUCUACUCCUCUUUUUAUGAUGCUAUUCACGAUAAGCAAGGACAGCUGCUGUUUGCAGGGAUCUGCAAUCUGUACACAUGGAUUUAUUUUCAAUAAAAGCAUUUUACAUGAACAGUAUAUAACAAAUUUCUCCUAUGCAUCUUUCGCUGUGUGCUUGUAUCACUAGAACAAUCACUAAAAUUCAGUCCUUUUUCAGGAAUACAUGAGGCUGGGGUUUCUGCCAGCACACACUGAGCGAAACUGUGUGAAAUCCUGAAAAUAGACUUUGCAUUCAAACCUCAUGGUACAAUUUUAGUACAUGUUCAGUGGUAUAAAUUAAGACAUAAUUAUUCUUAACUGUUCAAACGGCAGAAAUCACAGGACAGAUUUUUAUGUCUUUGCACAGUUCUUCUUAUUUUUGUGUGUGUAGCCAUACACAUAGGGGAUUCACUGUUAAUUGGCUUGAUUUUGACCCUGCAGACUUCAAGGGACUGCAGUGAAGGUUCCAAUAGUUUCAAUGGAAAAACAUUUACAUAAACUAUCUGCAGCAAAGCAAGAAUAAGUGAAUCCAGCUGUUUGGAAAAUGAUGAUUUAUGGUUUAAUAUUAGAUUGUGAUGAUGCCACAAUUUUGUUGACAUCAAACCCCCAUCACUACUAAUUUAACCAUAACUAACAUUCACUUGAUAAACAACAUGAGACUUUUAUUCAUGCAGUUUCAGUCACUGAAGAUUCAGCCUGGUCUCUCUUCAACUUAAAGAAUUAUGAAACCAGCUGGGACUUUUAUGUAUGUGUGUCUUUCCUUGUGUAUGUGCAAGUUUGAGUCCUAUACCUCUCCCACCCCUACCUGUUAUAAUUUUAAGACAGACAGGACUGAUUAGCUGAGAGCAGAUAAUUGAGUCUAAAUGAGGUCGAAGCUUGCCUGUGGAUCAUGUCAGAAUUUAAGACAUGAAAAGACUUGCUUCCUAUAAAACAACAUCAAAGUUGGUAUUCAUUUCUGUUCGUUUCAUCUCUUAUGAACUUUUCUUCCAAUGGUACCAUUUCUUGGUCAUUUUUCUCCCUGUGAAUUUCAUUUUCAUCUGCUUUUCUGUCUUUCUCUCUUAAACUCAGCUGACGAAUCUUGGAUAAGCACCGGUAUGUCACUUUACUUUAACUUCCUUUUAUUUCACUCUAUGUUGUUUUCAUUGUCACAAACAGUGCAGAUGAAGCCUUAUAAUAAGGUUGCUAACAUCUCUAAGGUAAGGUUGAAAUGAACUGAAAUAACCUUGUCUUUGUCCAGUUUGUGGCAGAUGUAGAGAGAUCCAUGUGUCAGUGUCAUAACCAGAAGUUAGGUCUGCGCAGGGAGAGCAGGAUGCAGCAUGUUUAUGUGGGACCUGUGGUUCAGAUUGAUCCACAGGUCUGUGGCAAAUCCCACACACUCCAAUCAGUGUUUAACUGACAUCAGUGUGAUUCUAAGCUGGGAGGUGACUCAAGCUCAAAGUACUUUGGUGAUAUUGUGGAAUUUCCCCCUCGUGAAACUAUUGAAGGAAUAUCUUAUAUUAGAUUGUGUAUCACUUCAACACAACAUGCAUAUUACUUUUAUAUGUCAACAUAACCAUCUGGGAGUUAAACAUUCCGUUAAAAAGCACAGUGGUGUCACAAUUUCCAUCAUGGCAGCAGCAGCAAGAAGCAGAGAGAUACUGCUGUGGCUUAACUACAGUCGAUAUAAACCAAAAAUGACAUGGGACUGAAAAAUAGACUUGUUCAUUUUAAGAUUUUUGAAUGAAUAUUGUUUAUUUUGAUAAUUUAUUGAAGGUCUACAGUUAGUGUGAAUAUUCAACAUACAAAUUACAGCACAAAUAUCCCCUUUUUUCUCGUUGACACUGCUCCAUUUCAUAAAAUGAAAUUCAAACAAUCACUGGUUCAGAAAAAGGAAUAUGCUGAAGCUCAUGGCCUAUUUCUUCUUAUCCUAACCUGAUCUAAAGCUCACUGCUGACAUAAUAGCCUAUUUACAUUUUGCAUGGUAAUGACCUGCAAUAAAUAACACAUUUAGCUGUUGAAUAAAGGAAGAUGAGGCUGUGUGUUGGAAAAAAAAAACAGCAGAUACUGAAAGUUCCUCACAGGAGCAUAAAGAGAGAGGACCAGGCUAAGUCAAGGACAGACUACAUGUAGAAACAUUAGUGCUACUAAAAACUUUAACAUUGUCUUUUUGUGGAUGGUUUAGUUGUGUGUCCAAAGUCUUCUUUAGAUUUAGAACCAUUUAUUUCCACCUCUCAGUUUUUCUUUAAUACUCACAGUCGCUCCAAUUUUAACCCACAUUUCUCAUGAAACCAGAGUACUCUACAAUCACCUCUUCUAAUGUUUCCUAAUACUCUGCAGGUUUACUGGUACCCAUACUGGUUGGCUCAUCACUAGGAAUCGUCCUCAUUGUGUCUUUAAUAUGCUGUCUCUUAAGGCAAAAAAGGUAAGCAAAAGAAAAAUCAAACCUUCAGCACAAGAUCAUAUGACAUCAAAUCACAUCCACAGUAGUUAAAAGUAGUAAGUGCUGAUCUGCAGUGCUGUUAGUUAUGGUUAGCUGAAGGUAAACUUAGACAUCCAGAGAACUCCAGAGUAUUCCCUCACUGUAGAGAUGAAAUGUUCGGAUUGUCCCUUUAAUUCCUCACUAGUCUGUCUAUACAUAUAAAAAGCAGACCACUGCAGAGGGAAUUUAAAGAGAACUGUAAACCUCAGUUGACUCAAACGUCUGGGGUCUGAGCUUAUUAAACAGACUUGAGGACUUUAUAUGAGCUGUGCUUUUGUUCAUUUGGAUUUCUGUACGCAGACUUGAGCCGCUGUUCAUCGCCCCCACAGUGUGACAAGUCAAACACUAUGUAUUUUAUGUACUGCUGGUGAGUUGCUGUAUAAACCCCUUUAAGUACCAUGGAGGACAUUUAUUCUUGGCUUGGACAGAUUUUUUUUUUUUUUAAACACAACAAGCAAGUGAACUGAAUGUACAGAGGAACUUCGAUUUCAUGACCAUUUGCAACUUCUGCAAACACCAUAAUGCAAACAGCAUUUGAGUUAUAUUGGCUUGAUUGCUAAUUUGAAAGUUGAAGAAAGUCAUUUCACUUCAUGUUAAAGAAAAUACUGAACUGUCUCUCUACAUGCUGAAAAUGGAAAACAAUUACAAACUUUAAAAAGGGAGAAAUUUAUAUUUUCUUUAAAAUUUCACUUAACGUAACCUAGCUGGGUGUUUAUGGUACUUUAAUGAUGAUAUGUGCAGGUCUCUAUGUUGGACAUCUUUGGAUACUCGAGUUUUAACAUCACAAACUUCAGAUUUCAAUCAGACCUUCUGCUCCAAGAAAUGUCUCUUGAGUGAAAGGAACGUUUCUGUACUGAAGUAUGUCAGUGAGAGGCCUUGUGUGCUGACAGCUGUUAUCUAAUCACCCUCCUCUUUUCUUUAUGCUAAUUCUGCACAACUCGCUUUGAGAGGUGACACACUACAUGAUAGACGGGGUUAGAAGCAGGUUUCUACUUUUAGAGGCGUCAAACGUUCCUCCCGUCAGACGUGCCUUUUUCAUCCCACUUGCAAAGAUCUAACUUUUCUUUUACUACUCAAGAUCUCUGCUGCCAGGAAAAUGGGUUAUUACAGCAUGAAAAUAAGAGCUGUGGCGGGAAAAGGUGGCUCUCGUAUUUAUCUUUGACACAUAAACAGAAAUCUGUGGCUUGGAUUUAAACAUUGUAUUCGAAGCUGCAAGUUGCAAGCAUGCAUAGCUGUAAACCACUCCUAAAUGCACUGUGGUUCUUUUAUUCUUCAGAUCUGGAGCUCCUCAGGACAAAAACAAAGGUGCUGGAUACAACAUCGGAGAGAAAGACGAGUACGGCUCAAGAGUAUAGCUCCACUGUUCUGGAUCUCGCGUCAAAGAAACUCGUUAAAACUUGAACAAGGCCCAACACCAUUGUUAAUCUCUAAUCCAUUUUUCGUGGCAGAAGUUGCAUGCAGCUCUUGGUUUUCUGGGAGCACUUUUUUUCUCAGGCCACAGUCUGGGCUUCACUGCUGUGUUGUGGCCUGCUGAACAUGGUAGGCUGCCCUGCUGGAGUGUUUUAUGCUGUACGAAGACUUCCUUAGAGCAAGAGGAACAACUGUCCUCUCUAAUCCCCAUUUAUUUCUCUGACGUGAUGUGGUGAGUUUCUUGAGUUAAGCCCCACACAGCAGCUUCCAGGCAUUCACAGUCAGGCCAGAGCUGAACUGGUGAGAACUGUAGGUCAAGACCAAGCAUGGCACCCGUUCCCUUUGGCCGUCCUGGUUGCGGUGGAAAGCCCAACCACAGUCCAAACAAUAGGGGGAUAAGAGUCGACAAGCAUCCCUGAUGGUAGGGUGGCCUGAGAGGGAUGGGCUACACCACAUUUCCACCAACCCUGUACUUAGCGCUGCUCUAUGGAUUUUAUAAUAAAAGGGCGCAUAGCUGCAGACAAACAGAAACACACAGCUCUCCAUGUGAAUAAUUCUGAGAAGGAGAAAGGGUUUUUUUGUUUCCAGGCUGCACGUGGGCUGACCUUUAACCUCUAUUCGCAGUCUGAUCACAAGACUGACUCCCAAGCACUCCUAAGGGCCUGUGGUCUGUUCAACCACAAGACCUCAGGAGAGCUUUUACAUCAUCAUGACAUCCUCAAGGGUUUCCCUCAUAUCUCUACCACAUUCAUGAACGUAUUACAGCUCAGUGUAGAAGUUUCCGACUUUAGCUUUAGUGUACAGCUCUUGCAUGUUUAGAACAUCAGGCUUUAGAUACUUAGUUUUGAUAAGAUCAGUUAUCUGUAGGAAAUAAAGUGUGACAGAAAAGCACAAAAUAGAUCUCGACAGUAAAGCAUUAAAGCGGUGGGUAUCAUCUCCCAUAUAAAUAAUAAUGUCCUCUUUCAGUUUAUUUUGCCUAGUCUUUGCUGCUUUAGGCCUUGUAAAACUGUUGCAUAAUUUAAAGAGAAAAAGCUAAUCUACAUGUGUUAAAUAUUAGAUGAUUUUGUAAUUUAUUAGCCAUAUUAUUUAUUUGUGAAUGUGUUUUUAGCUGUUACAUUGUGUAAAGUAAUUGUAUAUAACUGCUGUCUGAGUAAAGAAUUAAAGUAUAUCUUUGUGUUAAGAAA